AUGACUGACGUAAAGCCUAUCUUGACUUCGCACCGGUCUGGGGUCAUGGUCACGUGGUUGGCUCAUGCGAGGCGCGGCGCGUUACAGGGUCCUGGAAACCAAUUGAUGGAUGGUCUGGGGACUGAGAUUCUCGAGGGAAAACAAGGGAGUGAGGACCUACGCAGCCAGAUCCAGCGCGAGCUCGAUAUGGCAGAGGAGCAGAUGAACUCUCUUCAUGACCGACGCAUGCACCUCCAAACACUGAUGCAGAUGACAUCCACGUCAGGGCAGUAUCUUCGACCGCGUGCUAUCCGUGCAUUUCAUGGACUGGAGGACCUGAACACGCCAAGCAUGGAAGGACUGACCUCAAGUUCGCCCAGUCACCUCAUGCUUCCAGAGAGUCAUGCAUUUCCCAUGCCAGAGGUUUCCACUUUGAGCAAAUCUCAAAAGGAUUCACAGGCACUUGCCAGGGCCAUGGCCGUGAUUCUGGAGCGCUGGAUGACCGGUGAUAUUCGCAUGUUGGCGUUUGAAUGGGCAGACGUUUUAAAUGUUGCCUCCUCGUUGUUUCAAGCAUCACCAGAUCUAAAAGAUAUAAUGGAUACUCGAGUUCUCAUGCUUGGGUACGUGUCUAUAUGCUCACACAGUGCGCUACACGGUAUGUCGCAAGGUACUUCAUCCGCGGUGCGAGGCUAUGCGUUUCGACUCUUGCGCUACAUCUUGUCUGUGGCUUGGGAGCCUGAGGAUGCAUUGUAUCAUGCUAGUGUAGAGACGCUGGCAGAACUAGCCGUGCCUCUGGUGACCAAUCUCCUGACCUUGCUAGAUCGCCCCGCUACGCGGCGGUAUAUCUCGCCAGGCACGGACCUGGAGGCCGUCUUGGCCGGAUUCUCUACUGUUCCGAUGCCCAAAACUGAUAUCCAUAUCCAGCGACUACAGACAACAGGGCAUAUCAUGACUCUGCUUUUGCGAUCCUGGGCGGGUCUCUUUUAUCUCUGCCAGCGAGACUGUGGGGCCUUGAAAACGUUGGUGGCGACACUCCGCGUACAGGACGAAGACGUUCUCCAUUAUGCCUUGGGUACGAUCGACAGCCUUGUGCAGUUAGUGGAUUCAUCCCAGCUAGAGGCUGAUCGGUUGCACCAAGCCCCCUACCUUAGUACCGGUCUACUCCGUGAGCAGUAUGUGGCCCUUGUACUGGGACUGCUGUUCGAUGUGGGCUUGAUCGAUGCUCUUGUGUCCAUCGUACAACAUUCGCUUACCGCCCGCGACUAUGCGAGUGACAUUCUUGCCCGUAUUUUGCGCUUUUCCAAUCGGGCCCUGCCAGAUGAAUCGACGGAGAUGCAUGCCCUUCCUGAGCUCCUAAAUCACCUGUGUCUUCCUGGGGAGCCAUUGGCGAUGGUAGAUGCAGCAGGUGCAAUGCAUGCGAUCGACGAUGCAAGUGCCCGGUAUGAAACGAGCAGGAAACGAACCAUGGUAGGGACUGUCUUUUGGGAUGAAUCUUACUUUCGUGCGCUGAUCCGGGAUUCCAUGGUGGUAGCGACAAAGGAUUUUUCGACGUGGAAUACCGCAUUGAUCGAAGAGCUACUCGAUGGCCCACUCCAUGAGCCCCGCCGAUUUGAGGAGGCACUCAACAACACCAAGUUGGUUCGACGGCUCAUGUCGUUUUAUCUUCCCUCGAAUCAGCGAUAUGCGGCCCUGCCCCAAAAUGAGGCUGGGCGCCGCUGGACAAAGAUGGGAGUCAAACUGGUCCGCCUUCUACUGCGUCAUUCAGAGGGUGUACGGCUCCUGGCUGAGGAUCGGUUUCUUCUGGAAUUGCGGGAAGCUUUUGAGCAGCUUGCGCAGAUGCCAAUGGAAGCAUUGUUCAGCUCGACCAACCUCAAGCGUACCAUGACGAGCGGGUAUUUUGACUUGCUAGGGGCUCUGUCAGAACAAUCGCAAGGCCUCGAGCUCCUGGCACAUGCUCGUCUAUUUUCCACAUGGAUGAAAUUGUGUGAUCUCGAUUCGGAUGCUAGCAGCAGAGUGCUGGAAGCUCUCGUCAAUAAGUUGGAUAUGACAGGCCCCUCCUAUACCCGAGUGUUCCUCGAACGUUCUCUGACAAAAGCACCAGUGACCGUGCGCAGGGCAGCUACGGAGCGAGUUGCUCAUGCACUUUGGAUCGAUGGCGAAACCCAGUCUUGGGCCAUGUCGCUUCUCCUUGCCCAGCUCCACGACGUGGCACAAAGUGUGCGCGCCUUGGCUAGAGUGCGACUACAGGCUGCCUGUCAUCACCCUGCGAUGGCACAGUGCGCUAUGAGGCAGGGGCCGCCCACAGAUCUGCUUGUCUCGGAGGACACACUUGCCCUACAAUGUUUGGCUGUUCCCCUCGGAUUUCAGACAAUGUUGCGCCAUGGGCUCUUGGUUUCGUUGACAGAGCUUUGGCAGAGACAGGAGCACAUGGCAUAUGUGGGCCGAGUGGAACAAGUCGUGGCGCCCGAACAGAGCCAGGGCUCCCUUGCCUCCCCCCUUCCGCCCCACCUUUACGGCCAGCUUGCAUGCACAGAACCUGGGUGCCAGUACCUGCAGGAGCUGCAUGUGCUGCCUGAGUGGGUGUCUCUUUUGCAGCGCGACCAGCGGGAGGCGUAUGAUUCACAUAUUCUGCAUCAGGUCAAAGCAGCAUUGUGGGCAUGCGGCCACAUUGGCGCGUCUGAUUUAGGAGUGUCGCUACUGGAAGACCAUGGCCUACUGGAUGCGCUAGUAGCGGCGGGUUCCUCGCCGGUGGUGUCUGUCCGAGGCACGAGCUUUUAUGCCUGCGGUCUGGUGUCGCAGUCAGUGCGCGGACGUGAAGCUUUAGCAACACGGCACUGGACGAUGCGUGGACUGUGUCUGCCAGUCAAUCGGCGUGCGUUUGUGUGCUUGAACGAGCCCCAGACCUUCGUGAGUGACGCUUUCGCGUCGCGUCUUGUACCCGCCGAAGAUAAAAGCGAAAGUGACGCAGCGAUGCUCCUUGCCAAGCUUGGAAAUGGCGUUGUUGCGGGACAGGCCCGCCGUGCACUUGUGCGGAUGCAUGAGCAGGAUCCCGCGCUGUUUCAGCGGGUUUCUCUUUUGGCCCGUGCACUUCACUUGAUGGAUCAUUUUCCCAUGCGACUGGCGGCUCGCCGGACCAUAUGGGCCCUGAUGGCCGAUUGUGACAUCUCCUUAGAGACUGUCACUGCGCUACGGCGCUGGCGCUCUGCGCAUGUGGCUGUGGCUCCGGCUGUGCCGACGCGCCGUGCUCCGAGAUCCCAGCCAUCCCAAACAAGCCGCCUCAAUAAAAAUCAUCUCUACGAUGUACCCGAAUUUCGCCGGUUUCAAGGGGGUACGGAUGCCCGACCCAUGCCCCUCUAUUCUCGACCUGCAAAGGACGCGGCGCCUCCUCAAGGUGCUGUUAUGGGCAGUGCAUCACGCCACGAAUGGCCACUGCAAAUGCGAGGUUUUGUGUAA